GGAGACUUGGUGAUCGCCGACACAGAGAACCACAGGGUUCAGAUUUUCAGCCCAGACGGCAACUUCAAGUCGAAGUUCGGCGAAAAGGGUUCCAAACCCGACCAGCUGUGCUACCCCAUCGGGGUCGCCGUGACGUCGGCCGACAGCAUCGUCGUCACCGACAGCGUCAACGCGGCCGUGAAGAUCUUCAGCCCCGAGGGCCAGCUCCGGAAGAGCAUCGUCCAAAACACUGAGAUCGAGUUCCCGCACGGGGUGGCCGUCACGCGCGACGACGACAUCAUCGUGACGGACAUCUGCCGGCACUGCGUGACAGUGCUGACGCCGGCCGGCGACGUCAGCCACGCGUUCGGGAGCUACGGCGACGGGCCUCGGGAAUUCGACCACCCGUACUGCGUGACCACCAACUCUUCCAAGCAGAUCAUCGUGUCGGACACGGGCAACGGCUGCGUGAAAAUCUUCCACUUCCAAGGGCGGCUGCUACGGUGUUUU